GAGAAUUUCCAUUGGCCGAAAAAAAUUCAGCAGCAGGCCGCGACCUCCGCUCCCGUCUCCGGCUCCGCCUCCCCCCCUCCCUCCCCUUCCGCCCCCCAUCUUGUGGGAGCUCCCGAUUCGGGGGAGGAGGCACCGCACGCCGCCGCCGCCCCCCGCCUGCGCCGCCCGCGGAUCAGCGCCGUCGCCGAUCGGAGGGCCCCCUCGCUUCCCCCCCGGUGGGCGGCGCGCGGGGUGGGAGAUGGACGGCGGCGCGGGGGCGGCCGGGCACGGCCGGAGGAGCGUCUCCUCCUCCUCCGCUUCCAGGAGGAGGCUCCCGCCCGCCGAGAACGGCCACGGCCAUGACGGCGCCGCCGCCGCCUCCAGGAGGUCCUCCGCCUCCAUCUCCCGGGGCAACUCCACGUCACUGACCGGCGAGAGAACUGUGAAAAGGCUGAGAUUGUCCAAGGCUCUGACAAUACCGGAUCACACAACCGUGCAUGAGGCUUGUCGGAGGAUGGCCUCACGAAGAGUCGACGCUGUGUUGCUGACUGACUCCAACGCUUUGCUCUGCGGGAUCCUCACUGACAAGGAUAUAACCACAAGGGUGAUUGCUCGUGAAUUGAAGAUGGAAGAGACACCGGUCUCGAAGGUCAUGACCAGGAACCCUGUAUUUGUGCUUGCAGACACGCUUGCAGUUGAGGCAUUGCAGAAGAUGGUGCAAGGUAAGUUCAGACAUCUGCCUGUUGUGGAGAAUGGUGAAGUCAUUGCACUGCUGGAUAUUGCCAAGUGCCUGUAUGAUGCUAUUGCACGGAUGGAAAGGGCAGCGGAGAAAGGAAGAGCAAUUGCUGCUGCUGUUGAGGGCGUAGAAAAGCAUUGGGGAACAGCUGCAUCUGGUCCUAACAAUUUUAUUGAAACUCUACGAGAGCGGAUGUUUAGGCCAGCACUGUCGACCAUUAUCUCUGAGAAUUCAAAAGUGGUCACUGUUGCACCAACAGACAUGGUGUUGACAGCAUCAAAGAAGAUGCUGGAAUUAAAAGUGAGUUCAGCAGUUGUAGCCAUUGAAAACAAACCUGGGGGAAUUCUGACGUCCAGAGAUAUAUUGAUGCGUGUUAUCGCCCAGAAUCUUCCUCCUGAGUCCACUACAGUCGAGAAGGUCAUGACUCAGAGUCCUGAAUGUGCUACAGUUGACACCCCAAUCCUUGAUGCUCUUCACACAAUGCAUGAGGGGAAAUUCUUACAUUUGCCUGUUCUAGACAGGGAUGGGAAUGUUGUGACUGUUGUUGAUGUUCUUCACAUAACUCAUGCUGCAAUUGCAACGGUCGGAAACACCGGGGCAGCUGGGGCAGCUGGAUCCGAGGCAGCAUCUGCCAUGAUGCAGAGGUUCUGGGAUUCAGCAAUGUCCAUUGGACCUCUAGAUGAUGACGAUGACUCCAGAAGUGAAGGAUCAACAAAAGUGGCAUCUGAGGCAACAGAUAUAGCAAGAUCUGCCUUUUAUCCAGCUUCUGGUUUAUCAAACAUGUUCGGGUUCAAGAUUCAGGACAAGCAAGGAAGGAUGCACAGAUUUAACUGCGACACGAGCAGCUUGACGGACCUGAUAACUAGCAUUCUUCAGAGGCUCGGCGAUGACAUUGAUAGAAAAAAUCUACCACAAAUUUUGUAUGAAGAUGAGGAUCAUGAUAAGGUCAUACUUUCAUCAGACAGUGACCUUAUAGCUGCUGUUGACCACGCAAGACAGAUCGGUUGGAAGAGUUUGAGGUUGCACUUGGAUUAUGUUGGUGUUGGCCGCCGGAAGAGAGGCGGCGGUUCUUCAGAUUUCGAGUACGCUGGAAAGGAUGCAUGGGCAUCCGCGUACAGUGCUGUUGCCGCCGGUGCGGCUCUAGUUGCAGGCCUUGGGGUGAUGGCUUACCUGAAGCGAUCAGGUUAGGCUUCAAAGUCAAGCACGACAGGGGAGCACGCAUUUGAUCGUCUUGGUGAUACAAAUAUCAUUGAAAUGACCAGAAUGGCUGUGUAAUUAAUUCUUGUGAGGGAAAAGAAAGAAGAAAGAAAAAACUGUAAUAAUACUUCCCGGCAGUGGAUGACCGCCUGCAUACGUGUACACGGUGUUGGUCAAAGUUUUGGAGUCUCAAAGUCUUACCAUGGCUGUCAGUGUAUCAUAAAAUCACAUGAUGACUAUACAAGCGAGAGAAGCAUGAUUGUGCCUUCA